AGGUGAGAAACAGUGGCGGCAUAACCUCAAACUCCAGUGUUUGUUUUGCUUUGUUCAGAAAUGGUGAUGGACAAGAAAACCAAGAAUUUACCAUGGGUGGAAAAAUAUCGUCCCUCGACGCUGGAUGAGUUGAUAUCCCACGAGGAGAUCAUCUCAACAAUUACCAAGUUCAUCGAUGAGGGUCAGCUGCCACACUUACUCUUCUACGGUCCGCCUGGCACUGGAAAAACCACCACAAUCUUAGCGUGCAUCCGGAAACUCUACAAUCCGGGAGAGUUCAAUUCGAUGGUAUUGCAGCUGAACGCAUCCGAUGACCGUGGGAUAAACAUUGUCCGUGGGCAGAUCCUGACGUUCGCCUCUAACAAGACAAUCUUCAGUGGCGGAGUGAAACUAAUCAUCCUGGAUGAAGCGGAUGCGAUGACGAAUGAUGCACAAAAUGCACUCCGGAGGAUUAUCGAGAAGUACACGGACAACGUGAGGUUCUGCAUCAUUUGCAACUACUUGAGCAAGAUCAUUCCAGCUCUGCAGUCCAGAUGCACGCGAUUCCGCUUCGCCCCUCUGCAUGCCAAGCAGAUCUUGCCGAGGCUCGAUUAUGUCAUUCGCGAGGAGAAUGUCUCGGCAACUGAGGAUGGCAAGCAGGCGCUGAUGACUCUGUCGGGAGGCGACAUGAGGAAGGUUCUGAACGUGCUGCAGAGCACCUGGAUGGCUUUCAAGAGCGUCACCGAGGAGAAUGUGUACACAUGCGUCGGUCAUCCUCAAAAAGAAGACAUCAAGCACAUCACCACUUGGCUGCUGAAUGAGCCCGACUUCGCGGACACCGUGAGGAACAUCCAGAAUCUCAAGACGCUGAAGGGAUUGGCUCUGCAAGACAUCAUCACUGAGAUCCACGGCUACGUUCAUCGCAUGGAACUCCCGCCUCGAGUUCUCUGCGUGAUUCUCAUCAAACUGGCGGAGAUCGAAGAGCGCUUGGCGAUUGGAUGCAAUGAGAAUCCCCAGCUUUCCGCGCUAGUGUCGCUCUUUCACACAACCCGCGACUUGGUGACCAUCGAAGGAUGAUAGAAAGCAUGUU